AUGCCGUCCCCUCCCCCGGACCCGAAACCCCACCCCUCCGUCCCCCUCGCCGACAUCCUCGGCACCCACCGCUCUCUCACCUCCUUCUCCUCCGUGACCCGCAUGCACCCUUCCUCCCUCGCCUCCGACGUCCUCUCCCAAACAGCCACCGCCUCCUCCUCCACUACCAUUGUCCUCGCCCCCCUCAACUCCGCCAUCGACGCCCUCCCCCGCAAGCCCUGGGAGGACCCCGACGACUACGCCGCCCUCGGCCAGUCCGCCUACGACGGCGCCCAGGGCCAGGACCGCGCCAACGCCAACCUGCGCCGCUUCGUCGACCGCCAUCUCGUCGUCGUCGAGGCCGCCGCCGCCGGCUGGCCAAGGGGCCAGCGCGCAACCUCCCUCGCCGGCCGCGAGCUCUGGUGGGAUGACGACGGCAGUGGCAACAGGUUCGUCAUGCCAGACCACGUCGAGGUCGAGCGCGUCGCCAGCCGCGUCGCCACCGGUGAGGUUUGGAUGCUCAAGGGCGUGCUACAGCCAGCAACGCGCCAUGACUCAACUCAGGGCUAA